AUGACACCUCCAACACCAAGAUUAUUUAUUAUUCGUCAUGGUGCGCACAAUAUCAUUGAUAUCGACAUUCCUCUGACAGUCCGUGGAGAGGAACAAAUCAAGUCCAAAGCACACAUCUUGGUCGGCGAAGGCAAACCCAUCGAUCCGCAGAAUCUCUGUGUUGCCCUUGUAUCUCCUCGUCAGCGAGCCCACAGAACAUUCCACCUGUUAUUCGAACAUUUGCCCAAGGUCCCAGAUCACAUCAUCGACGAGUCCGUUAGAGAAUGGGACUAUGGGAAGUACGAAGGCUUACCCCAAUGGGACAUUUGGAGAGAUGGCUGUCCCGGAGGCGAGAGUGCUCAGGAGAUGCGCGACCGCGUUGAUUGUGUGAUCGCUAAGGUUCGAGAGUACCACAGACAAUAUUUUGAAGAGGGAAAGGGAACACGCGACGUAUUAAUCAUUGCUCAUGGCCACUUCAAUCGUGUCCUCAUUUCCCGAUGGAUAAAAUUUGAACUCGCUUUAGGAACUCGUUUCAACGUGGAACCUGGAGGAGUCUCUGUCCUGAGCUAUAAUCAUAGUUCCCUUGAUGAACCAGCCUUGAAUGCUCUGAAUCUGUAUGCUGACCUCAAAUAG